UCUCUUUAAAAAAAUCCGUAUGUACUGGGCCAUCAUUCAUCAACAAUUUUCAUAAAAUUUAACAUUUAUUGCAUUUGUUGAAUUUUGCAUAAAUUGUAAAUCUGAUAAAUAGUUAAUUAUUUACGAAAAUUGUCAUUUUUGUUAACCGACUUUCAGAUGAUUGUUCAGAAGAAACCUAGGAAAAAUAAACAAGUAAAAAAUGAGUUGCAGAGAGAGUUCAACUUUAUAAAAGGCAUAUUUUCAGUUAUGCCUGUUUCAAUUUUAACAAAAGGUGCCGAUGAAGACGCAGACUAUGAAAUCUAUACAGGCAGUAAAAAUGAAAAUGAGGAAAAGGAUUUACCAAAACGGGCCCGGAGCAUUGCUGAGUUGGAAGAGAAAUUGGAAAAAUUGAAAUCACAACAAAAACAUAAUUUGAAAACAAAACUCGUAAAAAAGAGUUUAAAUAGUAAAUUAAAUAAAAAAAUUAAAAAGAAAGAAAGAUUGAAUAAAACAAAAAAACUAAACAUAGAUAAAUCAUUGUUGGAGGAUGAGAAUAAUCAAAUUGAACAGAAACAUAAAAUUUCCGCACCUAAACCAGUUUUCAAUACAGAUGCGAAAUUAGUAUUUUCAAAGUUUAAUUUUGAUAAUUUUGGCAAUAAAGAAAAGGGAUCUAAAACUGAAAAAAAUCCUAAAAAAAUUCUAGAAAAUUUAAAACACCAAGAUGAGAAGUUUAGAGAAAUGGAGGAAAAGGAAGACAAAACUAAAGUUAAGGAGAUGAAGGAAAAGUUGGCAUGGAAAACAAUUUUACAGAAAGCUGAGGGACAAAAAGUUAAAGAUGAUCCAAUGUUAUUGAAGAAAUCUAUAAAAAAAAUGGAGCAAAAGAAAAAGCAAAGUAAAAAGCAAUGGGAAAACAGGAUUAGUUCAGUAGAGCAAAAGAAGAAUGAAAGACAGAAGAAAAGAAAAGAAAAUAUUAGUAAGAAGAAAAAAGAAAAGAAGACUAAAAUUAUCAAAGCAGCAUCUAAACGGGGUCGUGUUGUAAUCUAAGUUUUUCCCUCAAUAAAAAGUUAUUAAACACUUUAUAAUUA